AUGGCCACAGAGCCUCCAGUGGAUGACAGCUGGAUUUAUGACUAUGAGAAUGAGACAAAAGAGUCUUGCCAUCCUGAGGAGUUACCCCAUGCCCGUUGGAUCCUCUCUACCCUGUACUCCAUGUUUUUUGUGAUUGGACUAAUGGGCAAUAUAGUGGUGAUCGUGGUGGUGUCCAGGCGCACCUCGCGACGAGCGGACACCUUCAUUCUGAACCUUGCUGUCUCUGACCUGACUUUUGUCCUCACCCUGCCUUUCUAUAUAUACUCAGUGGCACCAGAAGGAUACUGGAUCUUUGGAACGUUCCUUUGUCAAGCAAGUGGGUUUGCCAUCGCCGUCACCCGUUGUGCCAGUUCUCUUCUCAUGGCCAUAAUGAGCAUUGACCGUUAUGUUGCGGUGAUAAGGGGAACAAAGGUGCACCCCCUGCGGACACGAACCUGCUCUAUUGGGGCUUGCUGUGUGAUCUGGGCUGUGUCGAUCCUUGUUGGAUGCCCAUCACUAAAGACUCGGGAUGUCAACAUCGAGACCUCAACUUGCAAGGAUUCCGAUGACUCAACCGUCAGUUUAGGCUUUAGAAUUGCAGUAACUUUCCUGACAUUUGUGUUUCCAUUUUCUGUUGUGGUUUUCUGCUACUGUCGCAUGGCCAAAUACCUGUGGAACUAUUUUGGCAGGCAGGUAAAAAAGUUAUCCAGCCAGAGGAAACCCCGGAGUCGGCACAGCUGGUUACGUAUUGUGACUUGUGUUGUUGGAGCUUACUGCUUUUCCUGGCUUCCGUAUAACACCCUAAACACUUUGUUGCUGAUGGAUAAGCUUGUUGCUUACAUACCCUGUUCAGCACGGGUGGCUAUAGAGCAAGGACGAGAUGUUGCGUCUGCCCUCGCCUUUGCCAACAGCUGCACCAACCCCCUCAUCUAUGCUCUCCUGGAUGUUGGCUUCAGACGCCGGGCACAACUGGCCUUGCCAAGGCUAUUGCAUUCUUGUCGUUCAUUAUUGUCUACUGCUAGUUUAACCAUGCCAACCAUGAGCGCUAGUGUGGAAAGUACCAGCACCUACACUGGAAAUAAAUGA